CAAGUUAUCUGGGAAAACCUUCAAUUUCAAGAGAAGCUAUAUCAGUCUAGUAUAUACUCAUGGACUUCUAUUCGAGGUUGCCAUUAAGUGUUCAAAUGGAUUCAUGUCUUCAACACCUCUGGUUAAAUGAAGCCAAAAACCAGAAUUUUGUAUUUUCACCCUUCUCAAUUAUUUAUGUAGCUCUUGGUUUAGUGACUUCUGGGUCAAAUGGUGGAACCUUGAAACAAUUGUUGGAGUUCCUCAACUCUGAUAGCCUCAAUCAUCUCAAUUCGGUCACUUCUCGACUGAUUGAAUUUGUAGAUCAAACGUGCGACCGUGGACCUAAACUGUCUUUCGUCAACGGUGUUUGGGUGGAGAAUUCUUGCACUCUAAAACCUUCUUUCAAAGAAGUUGUUAAUUCAGUCUAUGGAGCUCAAGCCGAGGCUGUGGAUUUUAUAAAUAAGGCCUCGGAAGCAAUGGAGAAGGUGAACAAAUGGGCUGAAAAGGAAACCAAUGGAUUAGUUAAGAAUCUUCUUCCUGAUGGAUCUGUCGAUGGAGACACUAGGCUUGUAUUAGCAAAUGCACUUUACUUCAAAGGAUCGUGGGACUUCAUAUUCGACAAAUCACAAACCAGGAGUGCAGAAUUUCAUCUCCUCGACGGAACUUCAGUUCAAGUCCCUUUCAUGACUAACAUGUUCGAACAGUUUGUUUCUUGCCAAAAGGGUUUUAAAGUUCUUCAACUUCCAUAUAGACAAGCCAAUUAUAGUAUUGAAAGAAACUUGUCUAUGUACAUAUAUUUACCUGACAGGAAAGAUGGAUUAGCUGAGCUGAUAGAGAAAAUGUCAGACUCUAAUUCAACAGGUUUCUUUGAUCGAAAUCUUCCCAGACAAAGAGUGCAGAUGAGAGAAUUCAUGAUCCCAAAAUUCAAGUUCUCAUUUGAGUUUGAAGCAUCAAGAGUUUUCAAGGACGACGUGGGAAUAAAUUUGCCUUUUGAUAUAGAACAAGCAGACCUCUCAGAGAUGGUAAAUGAAAAAAUUCAACUAUUUGUUUCAGGAGUUCAUCACAAGUGUACCGUUGAAGUUGAUGAAGUGGGAACUGAAGCUGCUGCUUCUACUGGUAUCGUCGUUAUGCUGCAAUGUCUCAGGCGUCCUGUCGACUUUGUAGCCGAUCAUCCCUUCGUGUUUACUAUCAGAGACAAUGUAAAUGGUGUUGUUUUGUUCAUGGGACAUGUCCUUAAUCCUCUAGGAUCUGAUGAAUGAUUAAUGAUCUUGCCCCUUGAGCUUGAAUUUACUGUGCAAUUCAUGCAUAUUAAGAAAUGCCUCUCAGCUGCAUCUAGAAACGUUUCUUCGGAGCUUGAAAUCAGAAAAUGUACGUUCCCAUGUUUCAAGUCUAUGUAAUAAGCAUAUGCUCUGCUUUGUUCCUUUUAUACCAUCUGUUGUCAUCUGUUAAUCUA